GCGUCCAAACAUUUCGUCCGCGGACGUUGCGGUGCGAGCCCAAGAGUGGAGAGGAUGGAAGAAAUCAACGUGGAAGAAAAGCUUGCUGAAUUGCUGGCUGCAGGCGACUCGGUCUCGGUCACGAUGGCGGCACAUCCCAAGCGGCGGCACCACUGCACGCUUUGCGAGCGGGACUUCUCGUGCCCAUCGCGUCUGUCCGACCACAUGGCGGCGCACUUUGGCGAGAAGCCGCACGCCUGCCCCGUGUGCGGCAAGCGCUUCAGCAAGAAGAUCAACGUGAAGGUGCACCAGCGCGUACACACGGGCGAGAAGCCGUACGCGUGCCAGGACUGCGGCGCCUGCUACGCCCAGCUAGGAUGCCUGCGCCGCCACCGCCUGCGCCACGCCCCGCAGAAGCAGCACGUGUGCGAAGAGUGCGGCCGCGCCUUCCUGCAGCGACGCUACCUGCUGCAGCACCAGCGUGUGCACACGGGCGAGCGUCCGUACGCCUGCGCGCUGUGCCCCAAGCGCUUCGCCUCCACGGCGGGCCGCUCAGAGCACCAGCGCACGCACUCGGGCGACGCCUACACCUGCGCGGUGUGCCGCAAAGUGUUCACCACGCCGUCCGCCUUCCGCGACCACGCCACGCUGCACACGGGCCGCAAGCCGCACCCGUGCACCGUGUGCGACAAGAGCUUUAACCGGCCGGGCCUGCUCCAGAAGCAUCUGCAGAAACAUCUGGAAGACGCCAUGGAUGACGAGCAGGACGGCGAGGAAGAGGAGCGUUCACAGGACGGCUCUUCGCCAGCGGAGCCUUCGUCCCGCAUGAAGAAGAAGAGCAAGAAGAAGAAGGUAGUCCACAAGUGCGAGCUGUGCGGGCGCAUCUUCUCCAGGCCGUACAAGCUGAAGGAGCACCUGGAGGUUCACGCCGCCACGCGGCUGCACGGCUGCUCCGUGUGCGGCAAAAGCUUCGCCAACGCCACCAACCUGAAGGCCCACGAGAAGAUCCACACGGCGGAGCGGCCGCAUCGCUGCCACGUCUGCGCCAAGUGCUUCCUCAGGCCCUACGAGCUGCGCAAGCACGUCAAGACGCACGAGCGACAGAGCCUCCUGGACCUGCCCGCCAUACCCGCGCCCGCUACGCCAACGACAUCGCUUCCUGCCCACGAUGCCAACAUGGUAGACAGAGACACGCCACCUCGGGUGGAGAAACAGGUGGGGGAGGAGGAGCUUCCCAAAAAGGAACCGCCCCCUGGUCACCAUGCCAACAAGGACAGCAGGGGGGAGCAGGAGGAGGGGGGCAAGGUGGGGAGCGCGGACGAAGCUGUGAACGGUCUCAUCAACUCUGACGGCGAAGAAGAGGAUUGGAAGCCCACGCUCAUACAAUCGGACGGCACGACGUCAGCGUCUACGGACAAGCGCGGUUUCGUGUGCCCGGUGUGCGGGCGCGACUGCUUCAAGGCGUCGGCGCUGCAGAAGCACCUGCGCAUCCACUCGGGCGAGCGCCCGUUCCAGUGCGGCACCUGCAAGAAGACCUUCACGCAGCGGGUGCACCUGAAGGAGCACCGGCGGAUCCACACGGGCGAGAAGCCCUACGCGUGCCCGCUGUGCCCCAAGACCUUCACCUUCUCCAGCGCCCUGCGCCGCCACCAGCGGCUGCACGGCGACGCGCGCCCCUUCGCCUGCCGCGUGUGCGCCAAGACCUUCAAGCAGGCGGCGUCGCUCAAGAGCCACAUGCUGGUGCACUCGGACGUGCGCCACCACUGCCCCGUGUGCCACAAGGGCUUCAGCCGCCCGCUGGAGCUCAGCUACCACGUGGACGUGCACGACGCCAGCCGCCCCUAUUUCUGCCACCUGUGCCGCAAGAACCUGAGCGGGGCGCGCGCCUUCCGCAAGCACGUCAGGAGGCACCAGGCGCGAGAGGGCGCCGCGCCAGAGGGCGUUGCCACGACAACCGGGACUGACGCCGCCGAUGCCGCGACUGAGGACGACGCGAACGACGUCGCCGCGAGUGAGGAGACGCGCCGACGGGACGGCGGGGGCGAGUGACGCGCCCAUCUCAUCUUUAAACGCAAACGUCAACGUUUCCUUUCUUCAAUAAAAUGAAUCAGCACAGCGACGUUUGAGUUUUUGAUUUUGGACGGGAAUGUAAAACGUCGUCUUCGUCGUCGCUAGCUCCGACUG